AGACUACCAUCAGAUGCGCUAGGAUCGAGUGACUCGUGGUAGACCAAUGAUUGUCUUCUUCAUCAAAUCUCACCCUCGAGGGCGUAUGCAAAAAUCACCCCGGACCACCUGAGUCCGUGUUCAUCGGAAAGUCUCAAAGUCUGAUAGCAUGUGUUGGGAGGCAGUGAGCUCGUGGGAACUUCCAUAUAUUCUGUCCUUUCCAUCUGAACUUCUGUGGGUUUAGCAUUGAGAGUUUCUCCCUGUUAUCUCAACUUGAACUAGGGUAUAAGUCACGUGUCAGCACGUUAGAUAAAAUGGAGGGGGCCAGCGUCAAAAUUUCUGCCCCGCCUUCGGCAAGCAGAAAGCCCCACCAAGAGUCUUCUCAAUCUGCGACGCUUCUCAAAGACACUCAAUUGGAACAGCAAUGGCUACAAUUGUUAUUGGAGCCCAAUGGGGCGACGAGGGGAAAGGCAAGCUCGUCGAUAUUCUCUGCCCUACCGUGAAGCUUUGCGCCAGGGCCCAAGGCGGGAACAAUGCCGGACACACUAUAGUCGCGAAUGGGGUUACAUACGAUUUCCACCUUCUGCCUUCUGGAUUGAUCAAUCCCGAAUGCCAGAAUGUGAUUGGGUCUGGAGUUGUGGUUCAUGUCCCUUCCUUCUUCAAGGAGUUAAACGAUCUGGAAGCCAAGGGCUUGAAAGACGUCCGGUCACGCAUCCUCAUCAGCGAUCGAGCACACAUCGUUUUCGAUUUACACCAACUCGUGGACGGGCUCGAAGAAGUUGAAUUGGGUGGAAAGAGCAUCGGUACAACAAGAAAGGGAAUCGGGCCAGCAUAUAGUACAAAAGCGGCACGAAGUGGCAUUCGCAUCUGCGAGGUCUUCAACGAGACGCUCUUUAACCAGAGAUUAAGAGAGCUUGCGGCCGGUUACAAGAAAAGAUACGGUGAUUUGCUGAAGUACGACGUGGAGGAAGAGAUCUCAAGAUUCAAUGAGUACCGGGAAGAGUUGGGCAACUACGUGGUUGACCAAGUCCCUUUGAUGAAAUCUGCGCAAGAUUCAAACUUACCAAUUCUGGUUGAAGGCGCAAAUGCCCUCAUGCUUGAUCUCGACUUCGGCACAUAUCCCUACGUUACAUCGUCCAACACUGGUCUUGGAGGUGUCUUCACUGGACUCGCUCUCAGCCCCACGAAGGUGAAAUCAAUUAUUGGUGUUGUUAAAGCAUACACGACAAGAGUUGGAGGAGGGCCAUUUGCCACUGAAGACCUGGGUGAAGUUGGCACGAUGCUUCAAGAGAUCGGGCGAGAAUGGGGCGUGACCACUGGUCGAAGAAGACGCUGCGGUUGGUUAGACCUGGUAGUCGUCAAGUACUCUGCCGCUAUCAACCACUACACUUCCCUCAACGUAACUAAACUCGAUAUCCUCGACACAUUCCCCACGAUAAAAGUAGCAACAGCAUAUCUCGACCCAACUACAGGCGAAGAACUAGAAUCUUUCCCCGCAAAUCUCGAACUAUUAGCCAACGUAAAGGUAAAAUACGAGGAGCUUAAGGGUUGGGAGAAGCCAACCACAGGAGCCAAAGCCUUCUACGAUCUGCCAAAGGAGGCACGAGCAUACGUCGAAUUCAUAGAAAACUUUGUUGGAAUCAAAGUGCAAUACAUCGGAACGGGGCCAGGUCGGCAGAACAUGAUCACUCGAUGAUUUGGUGCACUCGAAAAGCAUUGAGAGAUGGAUACGCUUCGCGUUUGUGCCACUUUUUGGCUCUCUUGUUUACCUGUGUUUGAACCUUUUUUUAUAGAUAUUUCGUAGAGCAAUGCAAAGUAUAAAUAAAGCUGUAUGGAAUAUUCAGACAAUCUGUAAC